CGAGGUGGAUCCUGGUCUCUUUGUUUAUCUUCGCUUCGCGAUCUUUACCUUUCCGACUUCGUCUCGUGAAUAAGUUACGCGUUCACCGUUUUGUGACUUUCCCCUGCUUUUCUCAUUUUCCUCGUUUCUUCUUUUUCGUUCGCAAUGCAUGUCUCGAUCAUGCAGAAACUUCCGAUGCCGCAGGUGUCGAACUUCUUUUAUCCGUUCAAUACCAGUCUCGAAGAGGAAAUCAAAAGAUUAUUCAUCAAUUUCACGAUCGAGACUGAAAACACGCCUCCUCCGAAUGUCGAGGAUGUAAUGGAGGAGUUCCGACAUAAUGGGCGCGAUUUUGAAUACUGUCCAGAUCUGGACAAUGGUACAAUGCCAGAAACGACACCACGCCGCAAGAAAAAUAAGAAACCCUUGCCCACAGAAUGCGUUUUCUGUAGAAACAAUGGCGAAGAAGAGGCUUACUACCGAAAGCACUUGCUGAAAGACGCUGACGGCCGCGUCUCUUGUCCAGUCUUGAGGGCCUAUACGUGUCCAAUUUGUGGCGCACACGGAGACAUUGCUCACACGGUCAAGUAUUGCCCGAAGAGCGAAUUGAGAAAUUCUAUGGGUAAACGGCGCGUCAAGUAA